AUGAGUCCGAAUGACGUGGCCGAGAAGCUGGCUGACGCCUCGUUGGCUGACGCCGCGCCAGCAGCCGACGCCGCUGCCGCCGCUUCCGCGAAACCCGAGAAAGCCGCCAAAGCGAAGGGUGCUGACAAGGGCGCCGACAAGGCCGCCGCCGCCGCGGCUGCCGCUGCGAAAGAGGCGGCGAAGAUCGCGCCGGAGAUUCAGGCGUUUUUCAAGAGGAGGAUCGAGAUGUUCGAGGCGCUUCAGAAGGAGCAGGCAGAGCAGAGGGCGAAGAUCGCUGGCGAUCCGAUCAAGAUCACCCUGCCCGACGGUGCUGUGAAGGAGGGCAAGAAGUGGGAGACCUCCCCGAUGGACGUGGCGAAGGGCAUCUCGCAGGGACUCGCCAACAGCGCCAUCAUCUCCAAGUGGGGAGCCUCUCCAAUGGACGUGGCGAAGGGCAUCUCGCAGGGGCUCGCCAACAGCGCCAUCAUCUCCAAGGAGGGCAAGAAGUGGGAGACCUCCCCAAUGGACGUGGCGAAGGGCAUGUCGCAGGGACUCGCCAACAGUGCCAUCAUCUCCAAGGUGGAUGGCGUGUUGUGGGACAUGUGUCGCCCCCUGGAAGGUGACUGCGCGCUGCAGCUGUUCACGUUUGAGGACGACGAGGGGAGGGACACCUUCUGGCACUCCAGCGCUCAUAUUUUGGGAGAGGCUCUAGAGCAGGAGUACGGGUGCCACCUGUGCAUUGGCUCUGGAGCAGGAGUACGGGUGCCACCUAUGCAUUGGGCCGUGCACGACACGAGGCGAGGCGAGGGGUUCUACUAUGAUGCGUUUUACGGGGAACGCACGCUCAACGACGAGCAUUUCAAGGCCAUUGAGGGCAAGGCGGGCAAGGCAGCCAAGGAGAAGCAGGCGUUUGAGCGGAUCGAGGUGACGCGGCAGCAGGCGCUCGAGAUGUUUGCUGAUAACCCCUUCAAGACGGCUCAAAAGGCGGGCAAGGCUGCCAAGGAGAAGCAGGCGUUUGAGCGCAUCGAAGUCACAAGGCAGCAGGCUCUCGAGAUGUUCGCCGAUAACCCGUUCAGGGUGGAGAUUAUCAAGGACCUCCCAGAGGACAAGACCAUCACCGUGUACCGCUGCGGGCCCUUGGUUGAUCUGUGCCGUGGCCCCCACAUCCCCAACACUUCCCAUGUCAAGGCUUUCGCCUGCCUCAAGGCAUCAGCAUCGUAUUGGAGGGGGCAGUCAGACAGAGAGAGCUUGCAGCGAGUGUACGGCAUCUCGUAUCCCGACAGCAAGAAGCUCAAGGAGUACCUGCACGUGUUGGAGGAGGCCAAGAAGCGAUACCACCUUAUCAUUGCAAUCACUCGUUAUCUCACCCCACCCCUCUCCACCCCCUUCCACCCCUCUCCACCCCUCACAUUGCACCAGGAGUACCUGCACGUGUUAGAGGAGGCCAAGAAGCGAGACCAUCGUGUUGUUGGACUUGCGCAGGACCUCUUCUUCUUCCACCCGCUUAGCCCCGGAAGCUGCUUCUUCCUGCCGCACGGCGCGCGGAUAUACAACAAGCUCGUUGGGUUCAUCCAGGGCGAAUACAGGAAGCGAGGCUACCACGAGGUCGUGACGCCUAACAUGUUCAACAUGGAGCUGUGGAACAUCUCAGGCCACCGGCCAUGCAGCCAUGCAUCUCAGGCCACCCGGCCAUGCAGCAGCAUCUCAGGACAACCGGCCAUGCAGCCAUGCAUCUCAGGCCACGCGGCCAACUACAAGAAGCCUGUGCAGGCU